GGCCACCGGGAGCAGUGCUAACCAGCUCGUGCGCCUCUGUGCGUCCCUGGUUACCGGAGACGCGCUGUGCGUCCGUCCAGCUGCUCCGGAGGGACUUGAGCCGGUCUGCUCUGUUCGCUCUCCAUCGCCGGAUGACGACGAUGAUGUUUUUGGUGAAACAGAAUGGAGUCAAGCAUGGCGGAUUAACUUUGCACCAUGAAUGACAGGUACCACAAGGCGGCCCGGGACGGCUACCUGGACCUGCUGAAGGAGGCGACGCGGAAGGACCUGAACGCGCCGGAUGAAGAUGGCAUGACACCGACGUUAUGGGCCGCUUAUUAUGGCAACCUGGAGGCCCUGAGGCUGAUCGUGGGAAGGGGUGGAAACCCUGACAAGUGUGACAUUUGGGGGAACACACCUCUCCACCUGGCAGCUGCCAAUGGUCAUCUCAACUGCCUUUUCUUCUUGGUGUCCUUUGGUGCCAACAUAUGGUGCCUGGACAAUGACUACCACACCCCCCUGGACAUGGCUGCCACGAAGAAUCACAUGGAUUGUGUCCGAUACCUGGACUCCAUAGCUGCCAAGCAGACAGGCCUCAACCCCAAGCUGGUCAGCAAGUUAAAGGAUCGAGCAUUUCGAGAUGCUGAACGGCGAAUCAAAGAGUGCAUGAAGAUGCAAAAGAAACACCAGAAACGCAUGGAGAAGAAAUUUCAUAAGGAGGUGUCUGAGGCUUCAGCAUCAGAUGUCAUGAGUUUUUCAAGUUACAACAGUAGCUCUAUCAGCCACAAGAUGCGGACCUUCAAUGCAGCUCCUGUCAGUGUGCCAUAUUCUCAGGCUACUCUCCACGCCACAAAUCGGGGAAAGACAAAGAUUCAGAGGAAGCUGGAGAGGAGGAAACAGGGAGAUGGGACCUUUAAAAUCUAUGAGGACGGAAGGAAGAGCGUGCGCUCCCUUACUGGGCUCCAGUUGGGCAACGAUGUCAUGUUUGUCAAACAGGGAACUUAUAUCAACCCGAAGGAUCGCGGCCGGCGUAACGUUCGAGAUAUGUUCCCCAGAGAUGAUGAUGCCAUUUCACGUGCCAUGAGUGAGCCAGAUCUCCAUGGGCACGAUGUGGACUAUUCUGAGAUCAGCACAGACUCAGGGCAUGACUCACUUUUUAACAGGCCCGGACUGGGAACCAUGGUUUUCAGGAGGAACUAUGUGAGUGGGGGGAUGUUUGACCUUGGUCGUCAAAAUGAUAAUAGUGUGGGUCGGCCAGCCAACACUAUGCGUUUACGCAGCAGGAUGCAGCAGUACCCAUCCAGUAUAGAUGAAGACAGCAUUGGCAGUGCACGUAGCCUGCAGGAGAGAAAUAUUGAGGAACUACCCUGGGAUGAAGUUGAAUUAGGGCUCGAUGAUGAUGAUGAGCCUGACUCAAGUCCAUUAGAGGUUUUUCUGGCCACACAGAGUAUGAGUGAAUUUUUAUCCAUCUUCAGGAGGGAGAAAAUCGACCUGGAGGCUCUGUUACUGUGCUCGGAUAAUGACCUAAAGAGUAUUCACAUCCCCUUAGGGCCCAGGAAAAAGAUAUUAGAUGCCUGUAAAACACAUCUGGAGACAAUAGAGGACCCAGACUCCAUUGAGGACACAGAACUAUAAUAAAGGUUGCUGUAGAUGGUCCUUCCGGCAUACGCUCAUGCUUAAAGGUCAGUGGAGUAUUGUGGUAAAUGUCAUGUAUGGAGACCGGGGGCGCUUGAUGAUUUACCACUCUUGGUAACUCACUGCUAACAAAGCAGAAAGGACACUGUCAGAAUGGACCUGUCGUGCAAAAGGAGACAAGUGAGAUAUAAAUUCUCAGUGAUGGUUGUUAGACAUGGGAGAAUCACUGAUAUGUCUCUUUGUGUUGUGCAGUUGUGCAGAUGCAUGGAAAACUACCAUAUGUGUCCCCUGCGCUGCAUGGUUAAACAAACUGAACGAAAGUUAUCUGUGCAGUGCCAUGCUUUGUCACUGUAUGCCAUGUGGCAUGGUGAACAGAGAGCUGAUUGUCUGUGUCCCUGGAAUGUGUUUGCCCCUGUGGGGUAAAUCCUGCCACAUCAUGUGCCUGCAUUGCUAGUGCCGAAGCAUUUGCUUAAAAGCAUCUUUAAAUAUAAACUUCAUUUUGUUAAAGAAUAUCUUCCUUUCACUGUUUUAUUGCUCAUGUUUUACUUUUGCACAUGUUUACAUGCAACAAGCCAUGUCAGUCCAAGUGUGGGAUCCUGGGGGAAUAUGAGGGCCAAUUCCUUGUAGUAAUUUUAUAGGUGGAUUAAGCACUAUAAAACUUUAAUAUACUUUUUUUUUUUAAAUGAAAGAAAUACUUAAGUAGGUUCAUAAGUCUUCCAAGAGUAUUUAUCUUUAGUGGUUUUUAUUUACAUACUGUAGAUAUGCACAGGGACAGUGUUUAAUAUGAUAGAGUAUUUUCACACAUUUAAUUUCAAUAAAAAUUAUGAAUUAAAAGCUG